UUCAAGUAUAAAUAGGGCUUCCCCACUGCACGUAUCAUUGUUGUUUGCUUGCGAGUCCAUUCGUACUCCUGUAAGAUAAAAUGUCUAGCGAUAACACCGUCAACGGAAAUAAGGUGCCAUUAUUAUCAGACCAUUCUUCCUCCGACAUCCAAAGAAAAAAUAGCAACCCUCAAAUAUCCUACGAAGAACAAUUGUCCAAGAAAACCUUUUCAUGGAGAUUUUGGAUCGAAUCGAAGAAGCUAUGGCAGAUUGUGGGCCCCGCUACCUUCAGCUGCAUCACUUCUUAUUCCAUGUUCAUCAUCACCAUGGCAUUCGCCGGCCAUCUCGGCGAUUUGGAACUGGCGGCCAUGUCCAUUGGCAGUAAUGUCAUCCUAGGCUUCGACUAUGGCCUGAUGUUGGGAAUGGCGAGCGCUCUCGAGACGCUAUGCGGGCAAGCAUUCGGGGCGAAGAAGUACAACAUGUUGGGAGUAUAUCUGCAACGGUCAUGGGUGAUUUUGUUAAUAUGCUGCGUUGCGAUGAUGCCGCUGUUUAUAUACGCGACGCCGUUGCUGAAGCUUUUGGGGCAGCCGGACGAUGUUUCCGAGCUUUCGGGCGUGGUGGUGAUCGCUUUCAUUCCGAUGCACUUCUGUUUCGCUUUACAUUUCCCACUGCAGAGGUUCUUGCAGAGUCAGUUGAAGAAUUCAGUGAUUGCUUGGGUGAAUUUGGUGGCGUUGAUUGUGCAUUGUCUUUUGAGCUGGUUGGUUGUGUACUGGUUUAGGCUCGGAAUCAUAGCCAUUGCCAUGGCCCUAAACAUCUCCUAUUUCGUGAUAUUUUUUGGGCUGUUUGGCUACACUGUUUGCGGCGGAUGCCCCCUCACCUGGCCCGGUUUCUCCGUCGAAGCUUUCUCUGGACUUUGGGAUUUCUUUAAACUCUCCGUUUCUUCAGGAGUUAUGCUCUGCUUGGAGAAUUGGUACUACACAAUUCUAAUAGUGAUGACAGGCAACUUGGAAAAUGCUAAAGUUGCGGUUGAUGCUUUAUCUAUAUGCAUGAGCAUUAAUGGCUGGGAAAUGAUGAUUCCACUUGGAUUCUUUGCUGGAAUUGGAGUCAGGGUGGCCAAUGAGUUGGGAGCUGGGAGUGGAAAAGGAGCUAAAUUCGCUGCAAUCGUAUCAGUGGCACAUUCAACUAUCAUUGGAUUGAUCUUUUGGGGACUAAUCCUAAUCUUUGACGACAAGUUGGCCCUAAUUUUCACAUCUAGCAAACCUGUCCUCGAAGCUGUCAGUAACCUCUCAAUAAUCUUAGCUUUCACUGUUCUGCUCAACAGCAUUCAACCUGUUCUCUCAGGGGUUGCUGUUGGAUCUGGAUGGCAAGCAUAUGUAGCUUACAUAAACCUUGGAUGCUACUAUUUACUCGGUGUUCCGCUUGGUAUUAUAAUGGGAUGGGUGUUUCACCAAGGUGUCAUGGGGAUAUGGGCUGGAAUGAUUUUCGGUGGAACUGCACUGCAAACUUUAAUAUUGUGUAUAAUCACAUUUCGAUGUGAUUGGGAAAAAGAGGCUGAGAAAGCAAAUAAACACAUUGAGAAAUGGGAAGGAGCGAGUCACAUAGAAGUUUGAUGGAAUUGCCAUUAUCAUAUGAUAUAUAUUAGGAUGAAAGUCUUCCUACAUUUGGGUGGGAUAACAAAACCCAACCAACUGAUGAGGACAUAGUUUAAUCAAUAUCAGUCUACGUACCACCUUGAAUUGAGAUAAGCGAAGUGAUUAAAUGCUCUUACUCUUUAUUAUUGUUCUUAUAUUAACGACGAUCUACCUGUGAACCUUCCAUGUGAUCGUUUGGUCUAAAAUAUUUAACCUUCUAGAUAACUAUUGAGAAAAUGGUACUCCACAUGUACGUUAAUCAUUGAUUUGGUGGGUUGACUCACUUCCAAAUAUACAUAAAGAAAAUUUUGUGAUUUCAAUGAGUUUUUCCGAUAUCUC